AUGAAAGGAAUUCCUGCAAUUCGCGGUUCAGGAUCGACUGAUCCGUCGAAGCGCGAUCACGCUAGGACUCCUGGUGUGACUGUACCAGGUUGUGAUGGUAACGCGGGUAUCGCUGAGACACCCGCGUCACCGCACCCAGCAGCUUUGCAUUCAGCCACGUCAGCAUCAGCAUUAUCAACAUCAGCAGGAGCGGGAACAGCACCGCAGCCAACCUUAUCCGCCGUCAGUUCCUCACCCUCGAUAUUAGCUGCCGCGUUUUCCCUCUUUCCGUCGUCGCCAUUCACAGAAGAGCUCCCCUCGCCGUUGUCACCCCCGGAUCUGUCACCUCCGCGUUCCCCCUCCGUACAGUCACCGGCGCAGCAGGAAGUGGAGCUCGAGGCGCUAGCGGGGACGGCAGCGGGGAACGGGGGGGGAGAAAGGCGCGCAUCCGCGGAUGCGGGGGAAGGGGAAAGGGGGAGAGCCAUGCGGGAGGGAGCAGCAGCAGCGUCUGGGCUUGUGUAUUGGACCGGUGUAACGACAGCUACAGACCCUCUGGGGAGCGUUCAGUGUCCCAAUUCUGAUGUGGAGCAGGUCCGAGCCGUGGCUUCCAGGCUGCUUCCUGCCAUAGCAGCCGCCACAAUCGACCAAUUAGAGAGCUCCGUCACUCUCUUCACCUCUCCUCCAUCCCCGUUAGAAGCAGCAGAGGCAGUCAAAGGCGAGCUGCUCACGUUCCUCGACUCCCGCACCAAGCAGCAGGGUCUCACCGCCCCUGCUGUAACCCCUCCUGCUGCUGCUGUUGAUGUUACUGAGGCUUGGACUGGGGUCUGGCACGGGCAUGGGGGAGAGGAAGAAGAAGGGGAAGAGGGGGGAAAUAGAAGAGUAGGAGGGGAGGGUGGAGCAGAGGCUGCAGCAAGUAGUUCAAGGAAAGAAGCCUCGGUGUCAGCAGUGCAGCAGGAGAAGCAGAAUGGAGAGGAGAAGCAGCCGUUCAACUCUCCUGUGGUUACCACCAUCCAGGCUCUUUUAGACGAGUUCGUGGCCCAGCGCCAGAGCCUUCUGAGUCGCUUUUCAUCCGCCUUCAGGCGUGUGGAAUAUACUGAAGACAAGGUUGCGUCUUUGGCUCAGCAGCUUGAGGAGUCUGACCUGCUUGACAAGGCUUUAAGGAUCAACCUUGCGCAGUCGCUGAUUCGCCGCGUUGACGCUGCAGGCACUGCGCACUGUUCGGCGCAAUUCGGCACUGUCGCGGGGUUGAAUUCGCACCGGGAACGGUGCCCGUUUGAGGAGAUCCCGUGUGCGAACACGCCCUGCUGGGAGCGGGUGUCGCGGUACAGAAUGGGCGUACACGAUAAGAAGUGCCCCCUUAAGAUGCUGCCGUGCCGGCAGGGGUGUAGACUGACGAUUGCACGAGCGGGUAUGGAGAGGCACUGUGCGACGGACUGUGGGAUGAAAUCCGUCCCCUGCCCGUACGCCCCUAUGGGGUGCACGCUGCCUCUGCUGCAAAAGGACGUGGCGAAGCACUGUAGAGAGAGGGUGGAGGGGCAUCUGCGGGCGGCGUGCCAGCUGGUGGUGGAGAUGAGGCAGGAGGGGCAGGUUGUAGCGCGACGGCUCGACAUGCUGGAGAAGGUGAGAUGGUGA